AUAUGGGGCGUUCGAUCAAGUUGAUUGCUCUAAUCUGUCUGAGGAAACUAAAGUGAAGUUCUUCACUGAACAUCUCCACGUAGAUGAGGAAAUUAGACUCAUCACCAAGGGCGUCGGGUACUUCGAUAUCCGCGAUCCGGAUGAUAAGUGGAUCAGGAUUGAAAUUGGUAGUGGCGCGCUGAUUAUUCUUCCUCCCGGAAUCUGGCACAGAUUCUGCGUCUCUGAGGAGAGCCCCUGUCUUCAAGCUGUGAGGCUCUUCACCAACGAACCUAAGUGGACCGCUUACCCACGUCAAGAUAGUUCCCUCGACAAAGAUGUCAUAGAGGCGGCUCGGGAUGAUUAUAAUAAUAAUACUAUGAACGUCAAGAUAGCUGCGUGA